AUGAAUCCUCAAAACGGGCAUAUGUAUGAUCUCUUUGACAGAGAUCAGUUUACAGCAGAUGAUUAUCAUCAAGAUUAUACUGAAGGAUUAUAUCAGAAGGAACGAUUUGGAAUAGGAACCUUCUUGUCGGUAUCAGCUAUUGUUAUCGCAUUAGCCUAUCAAGGGCUCAUCAAUCUCGAUUAUGACCUCCUGCCUCCCUCACAAUUGGCUUGGAAAGCUCUAGUUUACCUGACGCCUUCUGCAUUACUCGAUUACGCCGACCAUUAUUCAAAUCCUCUGCCAAUACGAAAUCCCAACACAAUGACAUACCCGCAGACACAUGCGCAAAAAAGUGAGAUGAUGCGCCGUCUAUUUGGCUUGGACACUCCUGGCGGGAUUAUAGAUUCCGUCGCAAGUGCUGGGAGGAGAAGACUAUCAACUCUUCCUCUCAUCGGUGGCUUGGGGGUUGUGGGAGACGAUGAAACGCCUGCCGGAUUAGGAAAUUGGGACAAUUCCGUCUAUCAAAAUAGCAUUUUACAAGGACUAGCAUCAUUAGACUCACUGCCAGAUUUCCUGGAAAGUUUUCAGAAUGAUGAAGCUCUACAACAGAGGGACAAAUCGAAUAAUGGGAGGAGGAUUUGGAACACCGGCAGCAUUGAAAACAUGAGUAGUUGGCAACAACAAGAUGCGCAAGAAUACUUUUUCUCGUCUUCUUGGCGCAAUAGACAAAGACAACCAUCACACACUCAAGCUUUGUUCCCAAAUCCUUUGACCGGACUUACCGCCACUAGGGUUGUGUGCACCAAGUGCGGUUACUCCGAAGGCUUGAAAACGACGCCUUCUCUUUGUCAGCCUUUGAUUGUUGGGGAAGGCUGGGAAUAUGAUCUCUCUCAAUUGCUUCACGAAGGUACAAAGCUAGAAUUUGUUAAUGGUGUAUACUGUGAGAGAUGCACACUACAGAAAAGUCAGCAUUUGCUCUCUACUUUGAUGGAGCGGCUUAAGGCCGAACCGGAAGAUAAUCGAAUUCGCAUAAAUACAUCGGAACGACUACGGGCCGUCACAGAAGCACUAGAAAAUGAUGAUUUUGCGGAAAAGACACUUAAGGAUAAAUGCAAAAUACCUAUAGAAAAUUGGGUAUCAGUUACCAAAUCAAAACAAGAUAUAAUUGCUCGGCCUCCAAAAUCUUUAGCCCUCCAUCUUAAUCGAAGUACUUACGGGCCCGAUGGAGAGUUGAGUAAGAAGACAGCCGCUAUUCGCUUUCCCAAAUAUCUCGAUCUCGGCCCGUACUGUCUAGGGAGUGCUGGACACAAUGAUGAAGAACACGACAACGAAGAAUGGCUCUUAGCCCCAUAUGAUUCUAUGGUUGCGGGAAUACGAAAGAAAUCUCGGAUACAAGGACCAGUUUACGAAUUACGGGCAGUUGUUACCCAUUCUGGAAGGCAUGAUAAUGGUCACUAUAUUUGCUACCGAAGACAUCCAGUUUCGGAAAUCAAAACUGAUGAGAAUGGCAGCAAACAAGAUCAAUGGUGGCGUUUAAGUGAUGAUCACGUCAUCAAAGUCAGUGAAGAUAAUGUCCUGGCGCAAGGAGGGGUAUUUAUGCUCUUUUAUGAUCAGAUUGAGCCUGCUGUUCAUCUAUCAGCCCUAGACUCCGUUACCGAUACAUCGAUGCAAGAUGCUGGUAUAGAAAAAUCGGCAUGCAGCUCCCAAAGUGAAACCACUCCUUUCACAUCUCGUGAGACGAUCUCAAACUCAACAAAGAUUACACCUCUCACUGAGACCGAUGACGCAGACCACAUCAUAUCAAGAUCUUCGUCAUCUUCUAAUUUAUCAGACGUAGACACGUACUUUACGAACAACGAAAAUCAUGACAACGAAGAAAUCACUGCCUCAGAAGGCUCAGAUAGGGACGAAGAUACUAAGCAAACAAUAGAAGCGAGAUAUACUCCGACUAAACCUAUACUGAUACCUCAACCCUACAUGCGUACAAGUAAAAGCAAAAAUGGGAGGGACAGUAGUGAAGGGACGAGAGAGAAUAAUAUGGGGGGAUUGCUUAUGGUAUAA